AUGAUGCAUGUUCUUUCAUGUAGUGUAAUUUUUCUUUCUCUUCUUGGCUUUUCAACAAACGAUGUUUUCGAGUCAUGGCCUACAACAAAAUUGAUAGAACGCGAUGGAUAUUACGGAGAGACGCAUAAUGUUACUACAGAAGACGGGUUUAUUUUGAGUUUACACAGGAUCCCUGGGAAAUCAAAUUCUACUCCGGUAUUGCUGAUACAUGUAAAUGAUAAAAUAAUAAUUAUUGGACACUCGCAAGGUACUAUGCAAAGUUUUAUAAUGGAGUCUGAACGACCAGAUAUGACCGAAAAAGUCAAAGGAUUAAUUUGUCUUGCGCCAAUUGCAUUUCUGGGGCAUGUAGAGUGGCUAAAUGAUAAAAUAAUAAUUAUUGGACACUCGCAAGGUACUAUGCAAAGUUUUAUAAUGGAGUCUGAACGACCAGAUAUGACCGAAAAAGUCAAAGGAUUAAUUUGUCUUGCGCCAAUUGCAUUUCUGGGGCAUACUCUUUUAAAUCCAAUUGUGGAUAAUUAUCCAGCUGGAACAUCAUUUAAAAAUUUAAUACAUUUUUCUCAAGACGUUGAAUUUAAUGUCUUCGCAAAAUACGAUUAUGGUGAAAAAGAGAAUCUUAAAAUUUAUAAUUCGCCUAAACCAACUGACUAUGAUUUAUCGAAAGUUACCUCUCCAACUGCUUUGAUUUAUUCAAAGGCUGAUUGGUAUUCAAACCCUACCGAUGUAGAAGCGCUUAUUGAUGUGUUACCAAAUAUAAUCGAUGUAUACAUUGUAGAUCAUCCAAAAUUUACCCAUAUGGAUUUUUUGUGGGCUAUUGAUGCUAAAUCGCUACUAUAUGAUCAUAAUUAG